AUGACGUAUCCUUGCAUUACACUCCAUAUACAAGAAAACGUCAGCUUUUCUUGGGAAAAUGACUACUCUAAUGUAGCAAGCUCGGACCUCGAAGGCCUUCUUUUACAAAGCCGUCAUGCGGUGACCUCUCUUGAAGCGGAGCUUGAGCGCCGACAACUUAGGAGAGGCUUAGGUGGAUUGUCGCGGGUCGAUGAUUGCUGGAUACGUCUUCAAAAGCAAGCUCGUCAAAUUCAAAUACGAGGACGACUUGAUGAUAAAGGAAAGAAGCAAGCUAAAAUAGCUGUUGGCAGUCUCAAUGGAGUAACGGAAAAAAGUGCCAACUUCUAUCGCGAAUUUCUCCAAGAUGUUUUACAUGACUGUGGUUCUGAAUUUGUCAUCCUUUGCGCCGCGGCUCUUGGAAAACAUCGAGUGGUUAAUUUGAAAAAAGACGACCGGAUAUCUCUUCUAGGUCGUAUUAAAACGGAGAUGCAAACAAUAAAAGUUUCUGCCCUUAGUGUAAUCGCAAAAGAUUACCAGAUGCCCUCUGGUCAGGCAGGAUAUUCACGUUCUGCAUUUCUUCCGCUUGAUGAGAUGGGCGCCAAUGUUAUUCUAGAAGCAACGAGAAAGGAUAGGAACCUGUUAGGCAUAGCAUUGCCGGACGCACAUGAGACGCUUCCAUACAUUGUUAUUCCCCAUCAAAUAUGCGCUAAUAUCAUGCGACUAUAUACAAGUUGA